UCCGAGCUGCUACAUCCGUCUGCUCACGGCACCCACGACUGUGUUUUCAUGUUUCUGAACCUGCUCAUCUAUCCCAUUGUCAGUUUGGUGAUAUUUUGCGUCUGCUUUGCCGUUCCAGUGCCAUCUGUAGUGAUCAAUGGGGUACAGAUUGCCUUGAUUGCGGUCUUCAUACUUCUGAAACUUGUCCGUAACUGGACCCAGAGAUGCGUGGGUGAACAUGAUCCAGAGAAAUCCCCGGAAACCGACGUAGAACUCUCCGACUAUAAGGGACAGCCGUGUGGACCAAAGGAAGGGGGUCUAGAGGGGCAUGACAAUGCUGGCGCCGAAUCUGAGUCCACUUCCUUUUAAACCCCCAAACAGGCCCUAUUGCUGUUUAAAAUUGCUAUCUUUCAAGUAUGAUAUUCCAUAUUUGAAAUCAAGGGUAUACAUAGUCGGAUAGGGCAGCGUGCAUAUACAAUCAGACAAAAUUCCAUUUUUCUUGGAAUACAACAGGGUACACAUAGAAUAGCCUGUAAGCAAUUCCAUUGCUACUUAGUCACUUAAAGCUUAUGAAUGCAUGAAAGUCGUAGCAUAUCGUAUUUUAAGUUACUCGAUACUUGAUAAGGUCUCCUCACUUACCUCAUGUGUUUCAGCUGGUGUAUGUCACCAACCUGAUUGUACAAACGAAGAUUUUUAGAUCUAAGUAAGUCUUUAAAAUAGAAGUCGUUCCGUAUUUUUUGAUUGUGUGAAUGUAGUUUGUUGAAUACAAUUUCCCUAAUGUAUUGUUCUGCUACUAUCAAUAGACUGAAUGCUGAUGUUUACAAGUAUAUAAUAAAUGGUCGCAAUGGUUAUCAGUUUUUGAACACCCCGAUUGAAUGUAAAGCGAUUGAUAUAAGAAAUUUAACGUUGUACUUGAUUUAAGCGUUUUUCAUACAAUACCAACAUUUAUAAGAAACGUAUACAGAUCUCGUCAUGGAUGGCUCAAUACGGCAGAUGUAAAUUGUAGUGCAUUGUAUGAAGCACACUGUAUCCGAAUCAGCCAUGAAACUAUCAUCAAGUUAGACGGGUAUCUACACUUAUGAAUAAAUAAUAAGCAGUUUAUUGGAAAUCGCAAUAUAAUGAAAUAAGUAGAAAAUACACAAAAAAGAUAUUUGCCGUGAUCAAAUGAUGUUUACUUUGAGACUUAAUCAUAAUACUUGGAGCAACGUAGAUGUAAGAUAUUCUAAGAUAAAUUGUUUGCGUCAUUUUGGGACUUGUGCAUUUCUUAAGCAUUUCACAAGACUCGCAAUUUCAGGCGACAAAUGUGGCGCAAUGGUUUUGCACCACAAUGUGAAUACCUGGCGCAGUUUAGCACAGUCCAGUGAUAUGUGCGUUUUAGCACUAGCAUUCAGACAAAGGUCCAUCAAAGGUAAUAGUUGAACUAAUUGUAUAAACUAACUGCAUCAUUAUAAAAUCACCGGUUGUUAUUUUCGUGUAGUUAGACACGUGUGUAUCAUGCAAAGUAGAAAGCCCUGACUCCCUAUUGUUAGCCCCCUACUUAUUGUGUGGUUGCCAAUGCUGGAGGCGCUUUAGCUAAUAGGGGAUGGUUAGGUCGUUAGAUCAAGCAGAAGUUUUGGCGUCUGACUAAAAGGUCGAGGGACAGCAAAAAUGGCGCGGGACCAGCACAUCAGCUCGUCUGAGAGACUUCUGUCGUACAGCGACGCCGUCUUCUCAAUCAUCACCACGAUCAUGAUUGUGCCGCUGGGCGGAGAAACGGUGGAGGAAAUACACAGUAGUGAGGACCUGCUGGAGGGCGUGAAAUCCAUAUGGUUCAAGAUUCUUGUGUACGCCACUACGUUUGUGAUUGUGGCUUCAACUUGGAGUACCCAUAAAACAUUGUUCGGAUACAUAGAAAAAGUCAACGAGACAAUCAUACUACUCAAUCUGGGAGUUUUAAUGGCGUCGACUUUCCUACCGUUCUCAUUCCUGAUGUUUGCGGAACAUCCAACGGAACCGCUUGCAGUAGUUUUGUUCUGUGCAAGCGUUGCUAUAGCCGGUGCUCUCAUGGCAGGGAUAGCAUGGCAGGCCUACAGUAGGCCAAAUCUGCUGGAAGAAGAUGAAGCAAGAUAUGGCGAAAUGAAAACCAAACGCUAUCGAACAAUGUUGAUGGUACUCGGGAAGCCAGUCAUCGCCGUGGUUGCUGCCGGCAUCGGGUGGAUCCGGAUUGAGGCUGCCUGGGCUCUACUGGUGAUGCUUCUAUUGGAGCCGCUGCUGCGCCAGGUCAUCAUAUCCCUCUACUACUUCGGGAAAGGAAACGGAGAAGCUGGAUGUAAAAUUCUCUUGCCGUCACGCCUUCUCGUGGAUACGUCUGACACUCUCCGAACCAGGGUCUACAGUGACGGUGUUUAUGCAAUCAUAGCCACACUUAUCAUCUUGGACAUAUGUGUGGAGAACGUCCCGUCUAAGGAAGAUGACAUCGCGAAGCAUGGUGACCUCAUCACAGCUCUGAAACACGACCAGCACGUGUUCAUGUCUUAUGCCGGCACUUUUAUCACAAUCUGUAUGCUGUGGUAUCUCCACCACUCAAUUUACUACCGCAUCGACGUAGAAAACCCCCUUCUGGAGUUUUUCAACAAGUUGGCCCUCAUGUUUGCUGGACUACUUCCGAUCGUGUUCAAGAUUACCGGAGAAUUCGGAAAAGAGGUGUCUGCAGGUGACGCUGCCCUCGCUGUACAGCUGAACGCCUGCACGGUGCUGUUCUCCAGCAUCUGGCACCUGGUCAUGUGGAUCAUCAUCAUGAAAAACAAGUCGAAGCUGAUUCAUCAUUUCGUUGAUGUCAAUGAAGACAAAUACAUGAACGCGUUCAUGUUGAUCAAGUUGAGCGUGUACCCUGUCAUCAGUCUCCUGCUGUUUCUCUUGUGCUUCGUGCCAGUCUGGAAAUUCGACUCGGAAGUCAUCAACUGGGUACAAAUUUGCACUCCUGCUGUGUUCAUCACCAUCAAGAUUGUCCGUAAUUGUGUGCAGAGGCGAGAGGACAAAAAUCGACCCUCAGGAACCCCAGCGAUGUCUCAUCUAGAUGCGAAUGAGUCCAAUCAUAAGCGGAACAACAGAGAUCGCGAGAACGACAUCACUGCUGUGUGAUCUUCUUGUAGUCUCCAUUUGAUACAGUUAUGACGUAAUUAAGACUCGAGGAAAAGCGAUUUCUGACAACCUUUGAGGGGUAGUACCAUUUUUAUGUUUAUUUAUUUUAAUUUUUAAGAUAUGGAGGCGGUGGUUAUUUGGGAGAAUUGUACGAUAAAAAUGAUAAUUCUACGGUGUGGAUCACUUUUUGAUCACUAUCCAUCUGUAGAUCCAGAUAAAGAAGAGCGAGCAGUAUACAGUAACGUUAAUUGAUAGCGAAAAAUGGAUUCAAAAGAAAACGGUACAUUUUUUUUUUCGUGUAAUAUAUAGAUAGAGAGAGGGGGAAAGUGGAAUAGAGAGACUAAACGAACCGAGGUUGUAUACUCUCUCUCUCUCUCUCUAUAUAUAUAUAUAUAUAUGUAUAUAUAAAUCAGUGUGUUUCGACAGCGUGUUAAUGUUAAACGUUUGAUUUCUUACUUGCAUGUAAUCUUAAUUUAUCAUCAUUAUCGCCAUAUUUAUCAAAGCUCUGACUAUGUAUUCCUAUUAGAGUAUAUGUGAUGGUUAUUUGACUUUAGGAAGGUAUUUAGGUUGGGAUAUCAUUAAAGACUCCUUCUUAUAUUUUGUAUUCUAUGUGUACGAAAUGCACAUUGGCAACCUUUCCCUGCCACAUUUUUUUUGCUAGUAAUGAAUUGUUUUGUGUUUAUAAUAUAAUGCUGAUACAAGUUUAAAUGCAAUAGUCAACUGUGGAAAUGCAUGAUUUUUAAGACCACCCAUAUAACAUGAUAGGGUUAAAGCGCUGGUACAUACGCACAUGUUCAUGCAAGACUGUCAUUAUCUUGAGUGGUGUGAAGUAUGAAUAAUCAUUAUUUAUAGAAAGCAAACAUUAUAAUUUGUC